UUCUCUCCUGCAGUAACGAUCUGGUGGGCGCCCAGACGGUCACGGACGAGCUGUUCCCCCCCAACGCCGACGGGGAGGAGGGCGCCGAGCUGGACGGCCUCGUGACCCGGAUCAACCUGGACCUGGUGGACGAUUACCCGGCCUCCGACCCCCGCUGGGCCGAGUCCGUCCCCGACGAGAGCGGCAGUGGGUUCCCUCUCACGUCCCUCAUCAUCCUCCACCAGCUGGAGGACAAGAUGAAGGCCCACGGGUGCUUCAUGGACUUCCUGCUUCAGGUGGGUCUGCUGGACCAUCUCGGCCAGGUGACGGUGCGUUCGUCCCCCAUGGCGACCCGCCUGCUGUUGUGCGAACACGCGGAGAAGCUCCAGGCCGCCAUGGUGCUGAAGAACCACCACAGCAAGCACUGCGAGCUGGUGAACCGGGCCAUCGCCGCGGCGCUGCAGAAGAGCAGCGGCGGUGCCGCCGUGCCGCCCAGCCUGACCGCCGCCGACGUCUUCUUCAGAGAGGUGUCCCAGAUCUCCUCUGUGUUCGAGUGCCUGCUGGACGAGGAGGAGCGGAGUCUGAAGGAGAGCCCGGUGGACUCGGUGCAGUGGGCCGAGGUCGUCCUCGCCGUCAACAACGUCAUCAAGGACAUGCUUCAGGCUGCUAGUCAGUACAGGGAGACGAAGGCCUUCAUGUACAGAGCUUCUGAAUCCGCUGCAGUGGAACCGGAGUACAUCCCAUGGACAGCGUCAGGAGGUGUUGGAGGCGUCCGCAGCGUCCUCUCCCGCCAGCACGAGAUCAUCCUGCGCUCCGUGUACCCGCACGCCGACUCCGAGCUGCGCAGCGCCCUUUGCGAGCAGCUGGUGGCGCUGUUGGACAUCUACCUGGGCGGCUACGUGGCCCAGCUGACCUCCCUGCAGCAGCAGAGGCCCCUGGGGGCCCAGCAGGAGCGCUACAACAGCCUGGAGAUGGAGUACAGCCAGCGCCGCUCCGAGCUGCUCGCCCCGCUGCUGGAGCUGGGUCAGUACCAGUGGGUGGCAGCGCUGGCGGAGAAGUACUGUGACUUCGACAUCCUGGUUCAGAUGUGCGAGCAGACCGACAACCAGAGCCGCCUGCAGCACUACAUGACCAAGUUUGCAGACCAGAACUUUGCCGACUUCCUGUUCCGCUGGUACAUGGAGAAGGGGAAGAGGGGCAAGCUGCUGUCCCAGCCGGCCGCCCAGCACCAGCAGCUGGCCAGCUUCCUGCAGUCGCACCAGCACCUCAGCUGGCUGCACCACAUCCACGUGCACGACUACCAGAGUGCCAACGGGACGCUCUGCAGCCAGGCCAACGGGGAGACGCGGUACUUUGUGAAGAAGAAGACGCUCCUGGCUCUCAGUAAGCUGACGGUGCUCGCGUCCGACCUGCCGGAGGACGAACUCAACAAGCACGUCGACGACAUCGUGGAGCAGGAGCGCUUCCUGCUGCAUCAGGAGACGCUGCCCCGACAGCUGCUGGAGGAGAAACAGCUGGACCCCGACACCAUGCCUCUGCUCAGCGCGCACAACCUCAUACAGCUGUACAUCUGCGAUGACAACAGGCGAGCCAACGAGUACGACUUCAAGAAAGCUCUGGAUCUGCUGGAGUACAUCGACGAGGAGGAAGCCGAGGACAUCGACUCGCUGAAGUGUGAGAUCUUCGCCAAGGCGCUCAGGAGAGACGACUGGUCCUCCACCGACGGGACGGACGACCCCCUGGACGCCGCCAAGGACAGCGUCUUCGUCAAGAUCCUCCUCAAACUCAUCCAGGAAGGAGUUUCUCUGCAGACGUACCUGCCUGACGUCAAGGACCUGCUGGACCUGGACGAUCUCAGCGGUCUGAAAUCAAAACCUUAUUUUGAAUUUGUCCUUCGAGCCAAUUAUGAACAUUACCUAGAAGCCCAAAUGUGACGGCCGAUGGUCUCCCGGUAACACCUGUUUAAAAACGUGCUAUUUUCUAAAUAAACGCUAUGUUAUCCGUCCGUGUUAUGUCUGGCUUCCUUCCAUCUGAUAUCAGAG